UACAUUCAACAUGCAACCUUGAAGCGAAGCCUGACAGAGGUAUUCCAUCGCUCGGAAUGCCCAUCUUGACACAAAUGUUCCGGGAUCAGAUUUUUCUACCGAUGCGAUGCCCAGGGCUAAGGCUUCUUCCUCGCGCCGUACCAGGUCAUUCGAGGGCUGUGGGACAUGCCGUAGAAGACACGUAAAAUGCGACGGAAUUAAACCCUCUUGUCUCACGUGCAAGGCUAUUGGGGCACGGUGUGACGGCUUCACUGCUGAGCUAAAAUGGAUGAAGUCUCUCUAUGGUGGCAGCGAUGACCGGGAGAUCGUAUCAUCGGAACCAGACGUUAGCCUUGCCACACGAAGGCACCUUUACACAGACGACGAUCGACAACGAAUGAAUGACAGCAUGGCUCUCUCCUUUCAAGAUACCUCAAUAGACGCCAGUCUUUCUGAACUUGAUCAAAAGAGUAAACUCAAAAACGGCAUAAGUAAUGAAGACCUUGUAGUGGGGCCAUUCGCUGUCCUGAAUUUUGCUAAGGCCCAAGGACCUCUCAGUACGAUAGAAGAAACGACCACAGAAGCUCAACAAGCUGCCGUGUCCCCAGUUCUGGACACUCCACUCACUAUUGACUCUCUUACUGGGCUCGAUGAUAGCUUGCAGUGGGCAGAUCUGUUUGGGUUUGGCUCGAAUGGUAUGUUCCUCGACAAUGAUCUUUUUGACCCAAUGCUGGACUUGAACAACAACACGAACAUGAUCUUCCCCGAUCGAGACACGGCCAAUGGCAAUGAGCUGAAUACAUUCAUGCUGCCUCUUCACAAUGAUUGGACGGGGCCGAAUGUUGCAGCCGCCAAAGUGUCGAAUUGGGAAGCCAUGGACGAGACAAUAGUAUUGAGCGAAGCACAGCAGCUACUCAAGCACUUCAGAAACAACGUAAUAAGACGAAGGUGCAGCUUGCCGACCACGUACAAAUCGCCUUGGUAUGUCACGUUGCUACCCGAAGCCAUCAAUACACUCGCGCAUCUGAGCUACUUAGAUACUCCUGUCAGCUCCGCAAAGAAAUCUAACUUGUUUGGGAUUCUGGCCAUCUCUGCAUACCACCUGUCCAAACUACCUUCGUUCGAUUGGCAGUCCAACAGAGACUCGGGAUACUGGUCGGAGAUUGCAGGUUUCUGCACACGAGAGGCGAAAUCUCACCUCCAGCAUUCACUUCAGCAUGAAUUUAACGGUCCGGCGAAGGCGAAGUACAAAGAUCAAAUGAGCGCAGUUUUCAGUCUUUUAGCCUUGGCGGUCAUUGCUGGUACCUCGGAGGAUGCUCGCUGUUACCUCAUCGACUGCGAGCGCCUUAUGAGAUAUCGCGGGUUAGCUAAGCGUACGAUAUCGCGCAAAUGCCGUUUGCUUCAUCACAUGUAUGCAUGGUACCGCAUCAUAGGCGAAAGUACAUACGUACUUCACGAGUACGGCGAAGGUACAACACCACAGAGUCUGCAAUUCGUGGUUGGAACCAUCCCGCCACAGAAUUCUACUCAGGAAAGCGGUGCUGGAAGUCGCUUGGACGACUUCCUCCGCCUCGAGCUACGACCUGAGGAUAGCGACCUGGAUCUUUCGCAGACGAAAGAGCCAGAGCUAUCACUUCGAGACAUACAUCUGGAAGACUCUCGAACGAAUUCGGCGACGAUGUACGAUCAGAUCUUUGGCGUCUCUGAGACGUGGCUCAGCCUCGUGUCACAGACGACUCGUCUGGCAAAUAAGAUGGAUUCUGUGAAGGCCAAUGGCGCUGCGAAUGAUAAGAUCUCUCGACUGUUGCAACGACGUGCUGCAAGGUUAGAAGACAUGAUCUGUUCAUUCGCAGCUCAAUUCGAACCGAUAUGCAAGGGCGAGCAGUGGGCAGCAAAUAGUGCCAUGCACAACGCCCUGAACUCCGGCUUGGUAAUUCUUUUCUACAGACGCAUACGCAAUGUCAAUCCGUGGAUACUUCAAAGCCAUGUCGACGACGUGAUCGCCGCCCUCGACGCCUUCGAUCAAGCAUUGUCGAGCAAAACAUGGGAAGGACCGGGAACUCCAUGGCCUGCAUUUCUCGCAGGAUGCGAAGCUGAAACGCGUGAACGGCGUGAUCGGUUGACGAACUGGUUGGAGAAAGCAGCAUCGAUGACUGAAUUUCAUUCCUAUGAGCAGGCCAGAAAUCUCUUACGGGCUGUUUGGGCGAGGCGAGAGAAGAGUCAGCUCGAUCUGGACGCAGAGGCUUCGUCUGAACAUGAUCCAGCGGGAUCUCUGAUGACGAGCUGGGUAGAAAUAUGCCGUGAGCAGAAAACAUGGCUGAUGGCAUUUUGA